AUCAAAGAAACAUACAAAUCAACUAGCAACAACGUAUUAGGAACCAGGAAACAACCUCACAAAGAAUGGAUUAGCAGUCAAACCAUGGACUUUAUUGCCAAGCGAAAAAGAAUAAAGAGCCUCAUAAAUCACACUAAAUCAGAACGUCAGAAAGACAAACUAAUGUUAGAAUAUAGCAAACUAAAUAAAAUGACAAAGAAAAGUGCCAGAGCUGACAAAAGAAUAUUUAUGGAAAAUCUAGCAGAAACAGCAGAAAAUGCUACUAAAGCACAUGAUCUACAAACCAUACACAAAAUUACCCAGCAAAUUUGCGGAAGCAGAAACAAUUAUCAUAGCAUACCUAUCAGAGAUAGCCAAGGCAGACUGCUCACCACAGAACAAAAACAAGACAUGCAGUGGACUAAACACUUCUCCGACCUCUUGAACAGACCCGAUCCUUUAAAUCCCUCAGAUAUUCAACCAGCCUCUCAGGACAUUGACAUCAUUACUUAA